CAAAAACAACAAGAAGGCAUGUACGCCAACAGGCAGAUAUUGGCUUGCUCGAUGCACAAAUACACCGAAGAGUUGGAGAGAUAUAUUGGCAACUUUUUCGAAACAGUUUUAAUUGGUAGAUCUGAUAAACUCAAACAGCAAACGAUACAAAACAUAAACGAAUACCACAGCUUAGUCGAGCAAUUCGACGAAUACAGAAAAAAAUACAUCUCGCCAAGGAAUGAUCAAAAAUUGGCCAAAUUGUACAAACAACAAGCCAAAAUAGUUGAAAAAUUGAAAAUGGAGCAAAUGAGGGAAAAAAUGUUGAAAAAAGAAAAUGUCGUGCUGGAGAAACCAUCUGAAAGCGUUCAUCUUCAUCAAGAACAUAGCAAUAAUAAAAUCGUCUCACUGAUAGAAAAUUCAAAACAUGAACCACCUGAGGAGUUGGAUCAAAUGGAAUCCGUCAUUGAACUAAAAAGAAAACAAUUAGAAGAUAUUACACAACAUUGCAUAACA